CGCCAUCUAGUUUUAUAAGCAUGCACGAAUCAGCGACGUUUUUCCCUACUUAGUUCUUUGGUCUCUAACAGAUGUCGCUUUUUACUCUUUUACCUAGACCGAAAUAUAUUUUUUAUAAUAAUUUUACAUUUUCACUUUGUAUCCAAGUGCUUCUUUAUUAAGAAAAAUAACCAAUAAGUUACCUGUUGAAAACAAGCUUAAAAACCUUGGUUUCAAUACCAAGAUUGUGACGUCAAUCGUAUAUGUCAUUAGUGUCAGUAUGUUGUGUUUUUUUUUCGCAUCACAAUUCACAAACUUCACGGGGCAUCGUUUGUGAAGUUGUGGGCCGUGUGGACUGGUGUGCCGUGGUCGAUGUAGUGGCAGUGAAUGAUGUGCAGUUCCUUAGUGCCUUUAUUCGGACAUAAUGCAACAAAUGUUUAGGAAUUCGUUAUUUUCCUAGCUAUAGUAGCUAGUUUCAUGUUAACAAUGUCUCGUAAAACUUUCAGUGUGAAAAUGUUUAGUGAUAAUGUUUGUGUUGUGUGCUUGGUGCAUUUAUUAUUAUUAUUAGUUCUGACAAAGGGCGGCGCGGAAGCUCAGGAUCUAAAACCACCUGCCACAGACUUCAACAAGCACAGUAUAGUCACACCAAUCGUGCAUCAUGGCAGAACGAAAAGAGAAAUACAUACGACGAGAGACGAGAGCGGUGCACAUCAUCAAGAGGUCACAGUAAGAGUCCCUAUUGACGGUCAGGAGUACGUCCUGGACCUCCGACUGAACCACGACCUUAUCACAGAUAACCAUGUACUUAGGUAUCAGAAGAACGGAAAAACUGUCUUACAUAAACCUAAGAAAGAGGACAUAGACUUAUGCCAGUACUCGGGCUCAGUGCGAGACAGACCUGGGUCCUGGGUGGCUGUCUCCACGUGUCACGGCGUACGGGGAAUCGUCUUCGAUGGACAAAAGAUGAGAUACAUCGAACCAGCUGAAGGUCCUGGAAUCCAGUCACAGCACUACGUCUACGACCACUCUGAUCUGAACACGGUGGGCCACUGCGGGUACAAUGGUGGUGUUACAAACAACUCGAAUUACGACCCACAGCUCUUCCAGAAGUACCACGCCGAAAAGGACUUGCACAAAAGUCGAAUUAGCCGGUACAAGAGGUCAACAGAAGACACUCAAGUCCGAGGUCCAUACAACGCGAACAAACUGUCGAGAUAUGUGGAACUGGUGCUGGUUGCCGACAACCGAGAGUACAAGGCCAAUGGCGAGAACAUCGAGACCGUGUACCGCCAGAUGAAGGACGUCGCUAAUAUUAUUAAUUCGGUAUACUCCCCUUUAAACAUCUUCAUAGCAUUAGUGGGCGUGGUCGUAUGGACAGAGCGAGAUGAGAUAUCAUUAGAGGAGAACGGUGAUAGGACCCUCAACAACUUCCUAGGGUACCGGAAGGUCGAGCUCGUGCGAGACAUGCCCAAUGAUAAUGCUCAGCUGCUUACCCGCCAAAAAUUCAACGACGGUGUCGUGGGCAAAGCUUUAAAGGGUCCGAUUUGUACUUACGAGUUUUCCGGCGGAGUGUCAACGAAUCACUCCGAGGUCAUUGGUUUAGUGGCCACGACUAUAGCUCACGAGAUGGGACACAACUUUGGAAUGGAGCACGAUACGGACGAACUGUGCGAGUGUCCCGAUCAGAAGUGCAUCAUGAGUCCGUCAAGCACAUCCGUCACGCCGACGCACUGGUCCUCAUGCAGUUUGAAUUCCUUGGCGUUGGCGUUUGAAAGGGGAAUGGAUUAUUGUUUGAGAAACAAACCGAAGCGCCUAUUCGAGUCGCCAACCUGCGGCAACGGCUUCGUGGAGCCGGGCGAGCAGUGCGACUGCGGCAGCAGCGCGGUGGGGUCGGGGGCCAGCUGCCGCGCCUGCUGCGACCCCGCCACCUGCAUGCUGCGGAGCAACGCCACCUGCGGGGCCGGCAUGUGCUGCGACCUGCAGACGUGUCGCCCUAAAUCAGCGGGCACCGUAUGCAGAUCAGCUGACAAGGAGUGCGACCUGCCCGAGUACUGCACGGGCCACUCCGAGUUCUGUCCCGACGACGUGUUCAAGAUGGACACCACGCCCUGCGGGAGAGGCGCCGAGAAGGCGUACUGCGUGCGUGGGUCGUGCCGCUCGCACUCGGACCAGUGUCGCCUGCUGUGGGGCACGACGGGCGAGAGCUCGCACACCAAGUGCUACACCAGCACCAACGUCAAGGGGAACAAGAGUGGCAACUGCGGCUACGACCGCCUCAACCAGCGUUACAUUCCGUGUUCGUCACGUGACGCUAUGUGCGGCAUGCUGCAGUGUCGCCAUCUCAACGAGAGGCUCGAGUUCGGCAUGGAGUCCGUAGCGCUGCUGUCCGCUGUCUUCAUCAAUAAUAAUGGUACGAUAAUACCUUGCCGAACAGCUAUUAUAGACUUGGGUCUCGGCGACGUGGACCCGGGUUUGGUGCCCGACGGUGCGCAAUGCGGGGAAGGGAUGAUGUGUCUAAACCAACGCUGUGAAUCAGUGGCCGCCGUCAGAGACAGAAUAUCGACUCUGGACUCGUCCGUCUGUCCGUCCAACUGCUCCGGCCACGGCGUCUGUAACUCAUUGGGUCAAUGUCACUGCGACGCUGGUUUCGCUCCGCCGUUGUGUUCUCUGCCUGGCACGGGAGGAUCUUACGCUUCUGGUCCCGCUACAGACCCCACCAUCCAAAGAAACUUCAUGGUGGCGAUGUACGUGAUAUUCCUGGGCAUCAUCCCGGGGAUCCUGCUGGUGUUGUUCCUCAUCUACUACUCCCGCCACAACGUCCUCCUCUGGUGGAAGAAGCCGCGCAAAUCGGCCCCGUCACCGAAGAAAGCAAGUCUACAACAUCGCUUAUCACGAAGCGCGAGCAAAUUCGCGGCUAAUUUCCAAAACAGUACUCAAAAUAACGCUCAACCCGUCAAUGUCCACACUCUGUCGAACCCGGACGACAUGAGCUCAAGCCUCCUUCGCAGCGACUCGGACAGAAGCCCUCCCGGUAAUAUUAACCCUUCAGUUAACUUCUUCGGCAAUUUCAAAGGUUUCUCUCUAACCCCUAUUGAUAAAAACGCCGCCGCUGAAAAAGAAGACACGGAACCGAUCGCUCAGAAACCAGUUAAAAGUAUAGCGGAGAGCUUAAAAAGCGCUAAAAUAACGCCCGUCCAUAGAAGCGGGAGUAACAGCCAGAAUAUUAUUACUCAAGGGGUUUUAAAGCCGGUUUUAAGAAGCGCUCCGCCUUUGCCAGUUGUGCCUACGACAGCUAAAACCAGCCCGAAGACCAGCCCGUCAGUCAAACGCACUAACAGUACCGUACAGAAUAAAAUUAAAGCGUUAAUGAGUGUGGAGAAAACGGAAGAAGUUUCUCCUCCCACUUUAUCAAACCCGCCACCGAGACCCGUGAUCUCCAGCCCUAUUCUAGAAGCUUCUACUUGUACAGCUAAAGAGCUCAUUUCUCCACUCCAAGGUUCGAAAACUUUAGGCCCUAUUAGGGCUGCCCCAACCAUCCCUACAUCUCCAGACUUCCCAAAAAGACCUCUCAGUAUGCAUUCAGCUGGUGUGCCUCAAAAACCUCUUCCCGAAGAACCAAAAAAAGUUAGGGAAGGAAUAUCCUUAAACCGUAUAGCAUCGUUCCUCAAACAUGAUAAACCUAAAGAAAAAGAACGGAACCCGGUCGAGCGCAGCCAUUCUUUACCGAAGAACCCAAAUAACCAAGUGAAAGUACCUAAAGUGGAUAAAGUGGCGUUCAGGAACAUGCAGAUAUCGAACCCUAUACUACAGAAAGAGAUAGAGCUACCGGUGAACACUGUACCAGUGGUGUCUGAUUCUGAAGACGGCGAUGACCCGAAGUCGUUCGUGAACAGAGCGCAGAGUAUGAGGGCUCCAGCGACGCAAAAGACAGCUAUACAGAGCUUUGGUUCAAUGAGACAAGCGCCACCUGCACCCAGACCGUUAUCAGUAGUAGGUAGACCCACAGCUCCUCCACCCCCCUUACCAAACCACUCCGACCCAGUCCCACCACCGAAACCAGAACCAGAAAUCAAGUCAACUGAUUAUGUUGACUGCAUUGAAGAGAAACAGGCUCCGCUAGCACAUAUAGCUGAGGAAUCCAUGGAUAAUAUAUACGCGGUUAUCGAAGAAAGUCCUGAAAAGCACUCGAAACCUCUACCAGGCGUCCCACCCCCCGUCAAAACAGCCCCGCAACCUCCCCCUGAAGGUUACAACGCACCAAAACCGAUGCCUUCGAACUCAGGAAGUUCAGAAAGCAUGGGAUUACUCGGAGAAAUUGUCAACGAAAUACAGAACCGCAAUUUCGAAUCUAUCUAUUCGGCUUCAACGCUGUCUAGAAAGAAAGAAAAGGAGAGAAAAGCCAGGGCCGCGGGUGAGAACAACAGAGACAGCACAUACAUGAACUCGGAACAUUAUAAGACGCCUGAGAGUGUUUAUAGCAACUCGGGAGCGAAGUCGAAUGUGUCUACUACUAGUAGCGGGUACUUACAUCCUUCAGCUGUCAACGUACCUACUUAUUUAAAGAAAGAUGAGCCAAAAGAAGAAGACAAAGCUCCACCAUUACCGGGACCCAAUUCUAAAAUACCAACGUUCUCGAGACAAGUGACACCGCCGAACAUAAAAAACACUUCGACCUUCAGAAACGUCCCACAAUCACCGAAAACAGUGAAGAAUGGUAACUUUACCCCAAAAAUUACGAACAGCCCUGACGUCGUGUCGAGCUGUACGCUACCCGACAUGAAAAAUGUGAAGCCUCCAGACGUGAUUAACAAUAAUAAAUUACCGAACGACACGACUAAAGUGACCGCCAAGCCAGCCGUGACCGUCAAACCGAAUGACAACAGGCCGCCGCUACGACCCGCGCCUACAGAACCCAAGAAACAAAACAAGACUACCCCCCCUCUCAAACCAGUCAAUUCUAACUCAAACCUAAACAAAACCACAGAUAAGAAUCCGCCCUCCAACCGUGCCAUCUCAAAAGUAGACUCUAAUGUUAAAGCAAUAGCGGACAAUUUAAAUAAGAACAAACCUAAAGUAGUCCCCAAACCCCCCACUAUCGUCCAAAGGACUGAUAACAAACCCAAUCAAACGAAACUGACAGCCAAACCAUCGAAUGUUGCCAGUUUACAGCAGAAAUUCGAAAAUAGAAAGUCGUUAGGUAAAGAGGUUGUCGUUACAAAAAAAUAGAUAUACAUAUUACAAAUGGCAUAAUUUAAUUGAGUUAUCUAGUCUGUAAAUAUAUUUAAAGCCAUUAGCAGAGAAGACUCGAUUUUGUAACAAUGUGUGUAAGGUUCAUUUUUACGAAGCAUUUUUAUGAUUGAAGAAACUGUAUGAUUGGAUUGAAGGAUUUGUUCUCGUUGAUAUUUGGCUGGUUAGAAGUAAGUUGCACGUCCGAAAUACACGACUGCUGUCAUAAUAUGUAGCUUAUAAAUGUUGUGGGUAUGUUCAUAUUAUUUUAUGUUGAGUUUCCUUUAGCAAUAAAGUCUGGCUUACAAAGGUUCACAACUCUGGAGAAAAGGCAAGAUUUCGUUAUUUUUUCAAAUUAAAUACUGGUAUUAAAGAUAUAUUUGCCCACAACAUAUUUUUGGCAGCUUUAUUAUAACUUAGACGUAAACAAAAGAAUGUUCAAAAUAAGAAUAGAAAAGUGUUAAAAGAAAAGAAUCGUAAGGAAAUUAUUUUUAUUACUUUUUCAGCUUCUCUUAACGAAUGGAGGUAAAAUUAAAGUGUUCAUAUUUUGUAAUAACGAAACGCAAUUUUGAUGGUAAUAAAUAAGUAAAACGAAUAAAUGUAUUGCUGACCGUACGACAGCGGCUUUCCAAUUUUCAGCUUUAUCACAAAGGAGUAAAAUUGAAAGUUGUUUGUAACUGAUUUACGGUGAGCAUGUUAGAGUAUUUCCAUAUUUUACUUGACGAAGUAAAAUGUAACGUAUUUAAACGAUUGAUUAGAUGUAGCUAAGCGAUCUCUGUAUAUACUAGGUUAGUUUUUAUUCCCUAAUUAGUAAAUAUGUGAAGUGUCUUAUGGUACAUAAUGCUUAAUUCGUAUUUUUAUAAAGACUAUAGAGUUUGAGAUUUAUAGAGAAUUAGUGUCUUUGGUAUGUUAUCUGUCGCCAUCUUUGUAUUUUAAUUUUCACUAAAGAUCAACUAUUUUUAUGGCAUUUUUUCUAUUUACUUAAUUAUUUAAAGUAAUACAAGUUAUUUACGUAAUUAUUUGAUAAACAUACAAGAAUAUCAAAUAUUUACAAGGUAAGAUUAAAAUGAAAUGUCUACUACUAUAAUGUAAAUGUCUUUGCUAUUGGGUGUUUGACUAAUGAUAUCUUAUAAGUCCAUCGGAUAGAUUUCCAAAAAAAUAUUGCAUACUUAUUUGUCGCUUAAGCAAGAGUAAGUUAAAAUCUUGUGUAACGGCAAUUAUCAGUAAACGUUUUACCGACAAGUGACCUGCGUAUAUUAUUAUUAUUGUUAAAAAAUACGUAUCCUAAUCUCUGUUUAUAAAUCUACCUGACAUUAAUUUUUUUAGUCAAAUACCGAGUUGACACAAAAUGUUUGCGCCAAAGCAAAUGACCUACAAAAUACUUCCUUUCGCCUUCCAUAUUGAAAUAACAAAGAUGGCGGCAUCCAAAGGCACAUAGUGUUAGUUUGAGUGUUGAUGCUUUACUAUAAUUUAUAAAACCCGUUCUUAUCCACUAUAUAAAUGGUGCUACAGCGAAACAUACAUGCUUACCUACAUAGUAUAUAAACGUAUUUUUAUAUUAUUGAAAAAUAAUUUUGAUGGAUAUAUGGCAGAUCAUUAGGUAAGACAGACUGGCUUGCUUCUUAAUUUGUUACGUAAAAAGUCUUUAGCAGAAGUUGAAAGAACAAAUUCGUUGAGUAAAUUACUGCAGUGCAGCAGACAUCCAAAAGUGUAAUUAUGAUAACUUUUUUAUAUUAUCAUAGUAACUUUCGUAAGGAUGAUUCCCUUACGAAUUGUCUACCCACUCGUAUUUAUCACGUUUGCCCGACUAGUUUCGUUUUCGUUUAGGCGGGUUUAGCCGCCGCGUCAGCUACUGAUAACGUACUCCAGUUGGGUCCGAAACUAGUCGGGCAAUCCCGAUAAAUACACGUGAGUAAACCGUUGCAUCAUUUAAUAACUUUUAUAUCUAGUACAUAGCCAGAUGAGUCAUACUUAAAGAACUGCCAAAAAUAUGCUUUAAUUGGUAAAAUGCAAUAAUUUAUAUAUAAAUAGAUGCAUAAUAAAUAACGUCCAUAGUCGUAAUCACUGCCACAGCUUGGUACAAAAUGUAUGGUGCUCAUAUGUCGCAGAUAAACCUUGAUAUAUGUAGUUACUGUUAUGAAUACGGUGUGAAAUGUACAUGUUCUCGUACAAAAUGUAUUAAGCAACUCUCCUUCAGACACAGUUGGGUAAAAACCGUAUUAUUCUUAUUAAAAGAAGUGCCCCGAUGUCUCUAUUUUGGAAAUCCCAGUGUGGUAAUUAUGAAGUCAAUUAUAAAUAUUAGGUAUUCCAAAAAUAUUUAUUUACUAGUGAACUUAUUGCAAGAGUGCAACAGUGACUUGAAAUUAACGCCAGUCUUGAAACAUUAUUAUUAAAAAGAGUACAAGCUUUCUGUGGUUGAAUUUAAUUCACAAUAAAUGAAAAUUAAAUGGAAUGCAAUCAAAGACUCAUUUCAAUUGUACUCAAAAGCAGCUAUAGUAUAUUAUGUCCGAGAACACCUACAUUUAUCUGAUUAUUUAAAGUUUUAUAAUAAAGAUUUACUCAAAUUUA